AUGUCCAACAGCCAAUCAGACGGUGGCAUGGGCGACCAUGCCCCUCUGAUUCUGGAGAGCACCUUCUCCACAGAACUGCAUAUCUCUGAGCCGGGCGAUGAGGGCUUCCAGCCACAAAGUCCCGUCACACCCACGUUUGAAAUAUCCCCGCCCGAGGAAGAUGAAGUGGACCGGCUGGUGGAGCCUCAGCCGGUGGUCCUGAGCACCCAGAGUCCUGCCGCGCUGAAGGUCGGCACCAAGCAGCUCAUCCCCAAGAAAUUAGCUGGGGCCAGCCGAUCUAAAAUCCGCCACCACACCACUGUGGUUACAUUCCCGGUGGGACUGGAGCACUCCACCAAAGAGACGCGCAGCCGACACUCCACCCAGGGGACAGAUGUGUCCUGGGAGGAUUAUGACAGCGAUGGAGAUGGUUUAUCUUUGAGGAGGAACCGCAGGAACAAGUCGUACAGAGCUGCUGUGACCAGCCUGGACAUCGAAGCCAUCGCCUCAGGACGAGGGGAUGCGACGGCACUGAAGCCUGUCAGCGAGGACCGAGCGCCCAGUCCUGGUCCCGCUCGCAGCCCUGGACGCAAGAGAGCCCUGGGGAGAAAGAGGAACCAGAAACGUGGAUCCUUCAAAGACGCUACGCCGCAGCUCUACCAGGAGAUCCGUGAGCGGGGGCUGCACUCCACCAGCCAGGAUGAGAUGUUGGAUGACUUUGUGGUGGUGGAGCCCCCUGUGGAGGACCAGGGCAUCGUGGUGAAGAGCUACAGGCCGGCACAUCUCACCUGGAGCCAGCUACCACAGGUGAAGGACACAGGUAUCCUGCAACUGAUCUCAGCCCAGGAGAGAAAGAGACAGGAGGCCAUCUUUGAGAUAAUCACAUCGGAGUAUUCAUACCUGCACAGCCUGGGCAUUCUGGUCAGUCACUUCAAGGAGAGCGAAGCCCUGAGGAAAACCAUGACGACCACGGAGCACCAUCACCUCUUCUCCAACAUCUCUGUCAUCCAAAAAAUCAGCAAACGGUUUUUCGAGGACCUGGAGCGGCGUCACUAUGAAAACACAGUGAUUCGGGACAUUAGCGAUAUUGUUCAAUACCACGCCGCCCACCACUUCGAGCCCUACAUCGUCUACUGCUCCAACGAGACCUUCCAGCAGAGGACGCUGCAGAAGCUGCUGACGAGCAACGCUGCGUUCAAGGAGACGCUGAAGCAGAUCGAGGGGAGCAGUGAGUGCGGAGGCCUCCCCAUGAUCUCGUUCCUCAUCCUUCCCAUGCAGCGAGUAACCAGACUGCCACUGCUGCAGGAUACAAUCUGCCAGAAAACUCCAGACAAGACAGCCGAGUACUUUGCUGCCGUUUGGUCAUUGCACGCCAUCAGCAAGUUGGUCAGCAGCUGCAAUGAUGGCGCGAGGCGGAUGGAGAGGACAGAGCAGAUGUACACCAUCCAAAAACAGAUGGACUUUGGUAAAAUCAAGCCUUUUCCUCUGGUGUCAUCAUCGCGGUGGCUGAAGAAGCGAGGCGAGCUGACCGUCUGCACCGAGGAGCUCAGCAUCUGGAGGGCUUUCAGCAACAGGAGCAACUACCUGUUCCUCUUCAAUGACGUGCUGAUCAUUACCAAGAAGAAGAGCGAGGAGAGCUUUGUGGUGAUGGACUACGCCACUCUGGAGAAUGUGGAGGUGGAGGUCGUAGAGGACGCUGAGGGACGGAUGUCUCCACCAGCGAAGAACAGCCACCAUCUGUCUUUCAAACUGCUGAUGAGCAGGAACAGCGAGGGGAGAUCGGAGCACGUCUCCCUGAUGGCCGAGUCCAGGGUGGACCGUGCACGUUGGAUAGUUGCUCUCACAGAGCACAAGCAGGCAGGUGCUGUCACUUCUAGAGAUGGUCUGCCACAGUACGAGGCCACUAAAGCCUACAUGCCGAGGGAGCUGGACGAGCUGGGGUUGAAGCAGGCUGAGCUCGUUAUCGUCCGGCAGAAAGAAGAAGGCUUUUGCUACGGGGAGAGAAUGCGAGACGGCGAGAGAGGCUGGUUUCCAGCAAGCUGUGCCACCGAGAUCACCGACCCGACCGCCAUGGAGAACAACGUGCAACGCAUGAAGCGACUGCGCAAAGAGACCAACGUUUGA